AUGCAAGAGCCACAGUACCUCAGCUACGUCCAAUCUCUAGACUCCCACCUACAACCAGACUCCACCCCGCCAACAUCAAAGGACAGCAAAGAACAUAGUCAACAGGCCAACAACGCCAGCAGCUCAACCUUAAACAAUCUACCGAAAUCUUCUUCGUUCCUGUCCUUAGAUCACUGGACAUCCACGGCCAUAUCUCCCUUGGAGCUCUUCUACUGUGCAACUGUAGCUCCUUACGAUGUGGACCAUCCUUUGGAGAGCCAAAUGUGUUCUAUGGAUCGUCCUGGACGUACGACUAGCAAUAGGAGGAAGGAUGAAUCCACUUUCCCAGUUCGGAAUACAAAAUCGGAUCUAGACUGCGCCUCCAGAUUUGAAACCCAUUUCGAUGGUUCAGGGAUGCCCUUUCUUGAUCUUCCGGAUGAGAAGCCACUGAUCCGUCAGGGUUUAUUUCUUGAAAGUGGGGAAAACUGCGUUAGGGGAUCAAUGAAUAACACCAAACGGAAGGCAGGUGCAAACUACAAGGUGCCAGUUACCAAAGAAAGACUUCAUGGCUUCAGGCAGGAAACCAAGGAAAUCCUAAAUAACCUUGGAGAGGCAGAGAUAGGAAACACAACGGAAUCGGAAAAUAACGAAGGCGCAUCAGCGAAGAAUGACUGUCAUGGAAGCAACGCUCGCAACGAACGGAAUCAGGACUCAGAUGUUUCCAUCAGGUUCUGUGACAAUAAAGUGGCUCUCAAUAUCAAAAGAUCUUGUAAAAAUAUAGUUAUUCGUUAUGAAAAUAAAACUCAGUGUAAAAGUAUACCUACUGACUGCAGCAACCGGGUCAGAAUAAAUCUAGGAAAGAAAGAAGAUGUCGCACGGCCCUCAAAAAAUAAAGUAAAUGUGAAUAUUGUAGGAGAUUGUGUCAUCGUUACCUUCCACGGGGACACAGAAGAAAUAUUUCCAAGUGACAAAUCACAGAAUGGCAGCUAUUUAAAAUCUUCAAAGGACUUUGAAGCGUCAACAGUUAGCAAUGAAGAACGCACUGAUCAGGGACUGACCAUGAUAAAGGAUCGUAUGUGUGCGUCUUGCCUAAGUACAAACAAAGAAGUGCAGACAGACAUCGGUGAUUCACAACACACAAGAAAUAUACCAGUUGUCUUAGCACCUUCGCAUGUCCUAACUGCAGCUACAAACCCCACAGAUGUUACUGAAAAUAGCCAAAUAGCUUCUCAGCAUGGUUGUUUGGAAAAGGCUGAUGUGGGAAAUGAAGCUUCCAAUGCUUGUACCGAUUGUGGGAGUCUUGGUGGAGAAGCCAACGCGAAGAUCACUCUUGAUUUCCCUCAGUUUGAGUAUAACUCUGGCAAUACACAUAAUGAUGUUGUUGUCAAUGAACACUCUGAUGGUUUGUCUGAAGGAUCUUAUGAAGUUGUUACUGGAGGCUGCGAGAAUGACGUUGAUAUCUCGCAGUGCUGUGUAAGAUUACCACCUGAAGGUGCCAGUGCCCAUGCUACAACAGACGAUAGUAGGCUUCAUGUUGACUGCAGUGAGGAUGUUAUGAAACUUAAAGAUCUGCUGGCAUCUAUUAGCCACGAUUCAAACACUGAUAUAGGCACGGACAAUCUAAGGGGCAUCCAAGGCGAAAGAG